GUUCCCCCCAUCUACCCCCCGCCCUGAAGGCUUCAUUGCGUUUGCUAUCGCACCCUCCAGUUACUGCUCCGUGCUGAGUUGUGCUGCGACCGCCUUGUCUGCUUUCUCUGUCACUCUUGGCCCCCCUCUGACUCGGCCCCGAGCCGGUGGUGCGUUCUGCCGGCCUUGUUGUGGCCCUGCUGCUAUUUUGCCAUCCGUUCCCUCACCCCUCGUCUCUACCCUGUGUGCGUCACGGUCGUCCGUCGUGUCGACUGCUCGAGGACCACCUCGCACCUCUUCGACCAGGUCGCAAGGCUUGUCGAGUCCUUGACCACUUGGGUCCCAGUCCCGACCGUCCCGAGUGCUCUCAUCCUCCCUCCUCCCUCCCGUGUCCUCCCACGCGCGCGCCCGUCCUCACCAUGGGUCGCAAACCGAACCAGCUGAUCCUCGAGUUCUUCAUCCGCGGGCAGAAGCUCGAGGACGCGAGUAACCGCUACCAGCACACGUGCAAGGCGUGCGGCGAGAAGUUCCCCAAGGGUCGCAUCGACAGCCUGACCAACCACCUCGUCAAAAAGUGUCAAGCCAUCCCGCUGCGGGAUCGGCAACGCGUCUUGUUGCGCCUCCACGAACUCCCCGAUCUGGCCGACGGCGACCAGAAGGACGCCACGGGGCAGAACAAGGGAAAGUCGGUUGAUCUGCCGUUCGCGACUCGUCAGAAUUUCGAUGGCCUCAAUGUGCUGGCCGAGGCGUCGAGGCAAGUCGGUGCGUCCGAUCAGACCAAACGCGGCCCGGCCUACACCCAGUCCGUGACGGUCGGGGGCAAGACGGUGGUCGUCGACCCGGCGCUCGAGGCCGAAGGCUUCCAGGGUCAUCCUACCCCGUCUGAGCCGGUGGAGGAAGAGGCGAAACCUCCUGGCACUCCCCAGGCGUCCAGCGAUUCUUCUCUGCCUUCCCUCCCCGGUUCCUCACAACCUGAUCAGCAAGCUGCAUCCCCUCACAUGGCGGAAACUUCGUUGACGCCGGACCCCACCUCCAACGCGCGCCAGUCGCAACUGUCCCUGAUUGCUGCAUCUGCCAAUGAGAUGGUGCCGCAGGGAAUCCCGAUGGAUCAUGAUGGUAGCGCGGGGCUUGGUGACGGCCUUCAUAAACUGAGUCCCCCGUGGAACCAGCAGCUGUCCACCCAGGAACAGCUCCUCUUUGACAGCCUCCAAGAGCAUGACCCCACCCUGACUGCUGCCACACAACGCGCCGCUGCCUUCCCUCGUCCGAUCGCGAUGAACCCAAACUCCACAAAGGGCUUUGUGAAUGAAUUUGGUAAUUCCACUAAGCCCACUAAGCCUAAAGUGCGCGGUCGAUUCUCUGCCGCCAGACGCAGAGAGGUGCAGGAGGUCCGGAAGCGGGGCGCCUGCAUUCGCUGUCGCAUGCUUAAGAAGCCUUGUUCCGGUGACAGCCCUUGCACCACUUGUGCUAGUGUUGAGAGUGCCCGUCUGUGGAAGCACCCAUGCAUUCGCACGCGUAUUGCAGAGGAGUACGAGCUGUACAGCGCAAAUCUACACGCCACUCUUGCGUACCACGACGUGAGCAGUAUCCGCAACCAAGUCAAAUUCGAACACUAUGCUGGACGUAUCGAGGUUACCCACUUCGAGGAGAGCCUAGUCUUCGUUACCUUCAGUGGGCUGCAGGGCCACAAGCCGUCUGCAUCGACGCUAGACCCCCAGCUUCAGGCUCUCGGCGACGAUUCGCAGUUCCAGGGACCUCUCCACGAACUAUAUCUGCUCGAUAGCGAUGCGGACGAUCUGCCUGGAAAGAUCGAGAUGUACAUAAAAAAGACCGCGCCAUUCUUCUACGAGCGGGAGACCUCGGAGUUUAUGAGAUCCACACUGACACUUGCGGCUGAGUUGAGCCAGCAGAAAAAGGAUGCCUUGUUGGAACGGGUGCUGGAGCUGUGGAUUGCCACACAUAUCCUGGUCGAUGGGGAACUGCAGUGGAAGACUUACUGCAACCCGACCCUCCCUCCCACCUCGUUGCACUCCCUCGCACAGCCUUCGGACGAUGGACGCUCGCCGAUCGACGGUGUCACUAACAACGAGUCGUAUGAACUGCUCUGCUGCCAGCUGCGGGCGGCUACGGAGAAGCGCGCGUCUCAGCUGAGCAAGUCGGUGAUGAACGAUCUUGAACGACGAUUGCUCCAGCGCCAGCAGAGCGGCUGGUUUGAAACCUUCUUGGUGGCGCUCAUUUUGUUGAACUGUGUGGAGAGAACGUGCUGGCUGUUCCUCUCCUGGGACGACGAGAACUUUGCGCAGCGUUGGCCCUUGGACAAGCGUCCUCCUUACUACUCUAACCAGGGCGACCGCUUCUCCGACAUCCUGCACAUGCUGCUGAAGAUGCGCAGCCUGCCACCCAAGGCCACCCCACGGCCCGACACCGGCAUCUUGAAGGCGGUCGACGGCAGCGACGAGAACGCCGCCCGCUGGUUCGACAUGAUCAAGAUCACUCCCCUCUUCCUCGAACAACGCCAAGCCACAGCCUUCGACCCCGCCGACUCCCGCUCCCUCGACCUCCGCUACGGAGCCAAGCUCCUCCCCCCUACCAACGUCUACUCAUAGGAUGGCCCUCCCUGUCUUGUUAGUUGCUUGCUUUCUGCUGUCUUGUUGACAAAAAGCACACGACAUGGAUUAUGACGACAACAACAAACUUGAAUUAAGCGGGCGUUUCACUCUGCACUCUGCGCUGUCUGUGUCUGUUAUCGAUCGGAUGUGCCUGCUACGCGACCUCGGUGGAAGUUGAAGAUUCGGAGGUGGAUGAUGGGACUGGAUGGAUGAAUGGAUGGAUGGAUGGACGGCGGAUGGAUGGACGGAUGGACGGAUGGACGGAUUGAUGGGAAAAUAACGCAGCGUUUCUAUCUUACAAUCACCCUGUAGUAAUGUGGUCAAAUCAUACUCACUUUCUUUUUC